UAAGGACUAGCGGCAGGAAGCACUGUGCUCUUUCUGUGUCGCUCUGAUCAAUGUUCUUUCUUAGCUCAAGGAGGCAAGAUAGGAGACAUGCAAAUGCAAGGAAGAAGAGACUAGCGUGACAAGGACUCGUCAUUUCGGGAAUACUCUUCGCCGAAGUGGAAACAAAAAAUACAGUUUACGAUUAAACGGGUUUAUUUGCAAUUUGCAUAUGGCAUUUGAGCAUGAAUUUGAAAAGGCUCUCGACGAGCAUUUAGUCCAGCAGCAGGACGCGGCGUUGAUGGUGGUUGGUGUAAAUAAUCAUUAUCAAAACGGGAAUGCUUCAAAGAAAAAUUAAAUGGGGAAAAAAAAACUGUUCUUUUUUUCUGCCAGUUGCCUCUUUAUAAAUGAAACCUGGUAGGCCGAAGUUGUUAUCUGAAGUUUAUGGAGAUAAUAUUUUACCUGUGUUCAGCUCUCUUUCUCCCUAUCCCCCCAGUCGCUGGCAGCUCAUUCCGAAACGGAGUUAGCAGCAACUACUCCAGCACCUAUGAGAAGAACAUCCUCCCAUGCCGAAAGGAGGAGCUCCAGUGUGGAAAGGGGCUGUGCCUCGUUAACUGGUUGAUAUGUCACUAUAAGAAAGACUGUGGCAGGGAGUUGAUGUCGAUCAAAUUGAUCUGCUCAGAAGUGAGCUCGAACCAGAGCGGUCUGGUCAAUGAGUACCCCAACUACAGGGAGGGCGGCAGCGAGGCCAGCCUGCUGGUGUCGCCCCUGGUGGUUGCGGGCAUCGUCAUCGGCCUGGUGCUCUUCCUGUCUUGCGUCACCAUCAUCAUUGGCAGCCUACGGAAAGACAGCCGGCUCCACAACCCCCACCUGCGCACAGAGGCCAACUACGCUCCUGAUGGCUUUUCGUACAGGAGCUCUAUCGGGGAGCUGAGGUCAGCUUGUAUAGAAGAAUUCCCGCCAGCCUUCGAUUUCGAUUCCUACAUGGAGACGUUGUCCCAAGUCAACGUGAUGUACCCUGACUCUCCACCCCUCUACGAGGAAUGCGUGGGGCCCGGUGCGACGCAGAUAUACAUCCCCACAGAUGACCCUCCCCCUUACUCUCUGAACGACCCCUGUCAAAGGAAUGAGACCCAACCACUGCAUACCAGCUUGGAAAUGGAGGAGCUGAUGGAGGAGGCCUCGUGGGUGACAGGAAGUGCCUCCGGGUAUCCAAUCAGAUUGCAGGAAAUCAGGCAGCAGCCUAUCUCUUCCAUCUCACUCCCCCUGGAGGAGGCACCUCCUUACGAGGUCGUCGUCUCCAACCAGAACCUGCCCCUCCCUAUGAUCCCACUGGACCUGCUCAAGCAAACAGCCCCCAAGUACCAUCAGCAACCCAUUAUCCACAGUAUCCUGUAAAUACUGUACCCCGAGACACUCCUACAGCAAAGUUUGUUUUGUUUGGGUUUUGUGUCUAGUUUACAGAAAGUCCAGAGAAAAGGUGCAGUUAUGGUUAUUUACCCCUGGAAUUAUCUAUAUCAAGAAGCUUUAACCUUGUGCAUCCCUGUAUCCAGUCUAUUUUCUGAUACUGCACGAUACUCUGCUACACUGCUCUCUCAUGUCAACAAUCUGCUUGACGAGGUGAAGGUAGAGGCGGAGGGCUUUUCAGAUUGCUGACAUUUUGUUUGGGUGGUUCUGUAUACAGUUUUCUGAAUGUUUACGAGAUUGAAGUGACUCGGCGCAAUUGUCUAGGAUCUUCUUUUGCCAGUCCAGAACCUUUGUUGUACUCAGCGGCCUGGCAAUUUCAGACACUUUAAUUUCACAGAGCUUCCAGAAGAGGGCAGUGUGGAAUAGUUUUUCGACCCAAAAGCGACUGUUUCAGAAUGGUAACAAGCACAGUGAAGGAAGUCUGGACUGGUUCCAGCUAAAUACAAGAACACUUUUCAACUGGGUAAACUGCAUAUCGGCUAUGCUUAUUGCCCUAAAUAUAGCAUACAAAAUUGUCUUGGAAAUUAUCCAAAAAUCUGUUGUAGCAAAACAAUUCGACAAGACCGAAUAAAUAUUCGAUGUGUAAGGCCAGAUGUGCUGAGUUUUGAUACCAGUAUUGAGAAUACCAUAUAGACAUUAUAGUCUGUGGCUUAUCGCAUAAUAUCUCUAAAACUCUGAACUCCUUACAUGACAAGGUAUUUUGAGGGGUAGGAUUCUAUUUCCCUCAGUGCCUAGUUUUUGAAGGAUUUAGCGUUGCAAAGCUUCACAAAGUUGAGAAGCAUAAGCAGUUACAAAAAAUCUUAAUUGAUGUAUGGUAUUAGCACUAAAGUACUUUAACAUUCUUGGUAGACUGUUAGGCCAGUUGCCUCUUCGAUAGAUUAAUUUAAACAAUAGAGAGAGUGUGUCAAAAUCAAUAUGGACGGUACAACAAUUAGGAAAAUGCGAUGCCCAUAUGCAAAACAACUGAGUUUUGCAGUGUAAUUGCAGGGCAUGUUGUUUACUCUGUAGGUCAAUAGAGAACCUCUUUAUUUUCUGACAUUCUUAUACAUCUUAAACUGCAGUUGAAGGAGUGGAGGUAAACCACAUUCCAACUGCAUCCCACAAUUCUUAGCUGCACUGCCUUUGCCGUGUAGCUCAUAACCAGAAUUAAAAUACUAAAGAGUAGCAAAGGAUAUUACCCUCAGUGAGGGUCCCUUAGCAAUUCAGCAAACACCCAGGGCUGGCAUUAUUCUAGACAUUCGUAAUAAGAAAGUUCUGUUGUACGAGUCUGGUGGAUGUUGAGUGUUAUUAAAAUUAACUCAACUCCCCCAUCACCGCUGUUAUAACCAAUUCCACUUUCUUCAACAGCUCCCCCAUAGAGGUUAUAUAAACCAUGAAUAGAUAUUUAUUAGUCAGGACAGAAAUUAAACUGUGAUCAAAUCUACGUGGUGUAUAACAUUUUGUUUAUGUGUUUGAAAUGGUCUGCUACCAGCAGCACACCUGCCUAGUAUAGAGUUUACCAUCAUAACCAAUUCUGGAGUCUUUGUCUUUUCUGCACGUCUGAUGCGCAGUGUUGUAUCAAAACUAUCAUCCUUCUUACUCAGAAUUCAGACUAGUGUUAUUAUUCACCACAUGGACUAACUGUAUUUCAACCUGACAACCUGGUUUGUGUGUUUAGUAUAGAGGGGAGUUAUACUGUAUCAUCUGAGUGCAGUGUCACCCAUUGCCAUCAGCUGCAUCACUGCCCAUUGAAAAGUAACUGCAGUGUAGUGUACAGUGAAUGUGUAUUAAACUGAAUUUGCAGUUACCUGACUGAGAGUACCUAGCUGGAAUUUACUGGGCUUGACCUAUUAGCACAGACAUGCAUUGGUUAAUGUUUGCUACACACACACCAAGCAUUGCUAAUAUUCUCUUAACUAGUGGUAUUAUAAUUCUAAGAACUUAUUUCAAUAUUUCAACAUGUUGGUCCAUGAUUGUUUUGUUUCUUAUAGUAGUACUACAAUAAAAUGUUGUACUGGUGUUGUAGUAUGUUUUGCCACUGUCAGAUUAAAUUAACAUGGUCAUGUCAAGCAACUUUUCAAAUAGUUGUCCCAGCACCAAAUUGUAACUGCUGUUUAACACCACUUGUUAUAGUGCUGUCUGCAAUCGAAACAAAGGUAAAUUGCAGUCCAGUUAUUGGUAGAUUAUACCAGCAUCACUGCAGUUUAUUUUCUUGUGGGUUUACAUUGUUACAUAUCCCAGCACACGCCAAGGACAAGAGGAAGGCAUGUACACUCCAUGUAUUGUGUGUCUCUAUUUCUAUGGUCAAUUAUUGUUAUUAGUAAUAAUGACGCUUGUUUCCUAUUAACGGAAUCGUACGUGUAUUUUCAUGGUUUGUAUUAGAGCUUUUCUUCCUUUCUUAUACUCUGGAAAAUAAAUAUUUAAG